CACAACUACGUAGAAAGAGGGGAAAAAAACACAGCGAGGAAAGAAACAAGUUGUCGUUAGUGAAGUUGGAGCCAUGGCCCUCGGUGACUGUUGGAAGCAGUUAUCGUGGUUUUACUACCAGUAUCUUCUGGUGACGGCGCUGUACAUGCUGGAGCCGUGGGAGAGAACCGUGUUCAACUCCCUGCUGAUCUCCGUAGCCGGCAUGGCCGUUUACACCGGCUACGUCUUCAUGCCGCAGCACAUCAUGGCCAUUCUGCACUACUUCGAGGUCGUCCAAUGACACCAUCCUGACACCCGUCCAUCCGCCCACAGGUCCUGUCUGUCUCUGGCUUCCUGUCCGUCCAUCUACCAGCCGUCUCCUGGGCUUGAGGUGGGGAUCGUUUCCAACCAUGUCGAGGCCGAACUUCUUUCCUCCUCCUCCUCCUCCUCCUUUUUUCCAAAGCUCGUUCAAUGUUAAAGGUCAGAGCUCUGAACGUUGCACUCAAGGUCACGUUGGACGGUCUAAUUCCCCGGGACAGUUUCUUUCUCUUGUGGACAGUGUUGGGCUUGGAGGCAAGGCCUUACAGAGGUGUGCUUGGUUUCCUUUCAUGUUGUUAUUUUUAUCUUCUUGUUUUUCUUUUUCUUUUUUUUUUAUAAAAUCAAGUGCACCUUACAGUUUUUGAAAAUGUGUAAUGAUACAGAAGUCUGGAUAUGUGGAGUGAUUGGACUGUUUUAUUUUUAUUCCAUUGAGACAUGAAACCAUUGUUGUCUUAAGAGUCUUAUGUGGGAGACACAGUGUCUGACGGACAAAACAAUUUGUCCUUUUGUCCAUUUUAUGAGCCGUGUAUGAUUAUUAGAGCAGGAUCAGACCUCUGGAUGGGGCCUGGCCGUCAGAGUGGGCAGCAGCUGCUUUGAAGGAUCGACUGUUUUCAACCUUCACCAUCAUUUUUCAGCACCAGACACGGGGAGGCCGGUAGUGCCGAUAAAAUGGCUGCGAUGUGGAAAGGGUGGGAAUUGGUGGCAUGGGACCCAAUCACACUUGAGAUCUGUCGUGUAUAUUUAUAAUUAACUUAUUAUUUUACUCCUGAAAUGACACUCCAGUCAGGCAGCAGCAGCACCGACCUGUAUCAGGUGCACGGCUGCAGGAGGUUUCUCUGAUUUUAGUACAGUUGCUGCAGGUUCCUGCUCAUUUUACAGCUAAACAGUCCGUAGAUUAAAGAUUCUGUUUUACUGGAGACACAAAGAGGAUACACUCAAAUUAGAGCUAAAGAAGGAGACAUUUGGAGGAGCCUUUGGCAUGGAUCAGUCUGUACGAGCUGUGCAUGAAGUCCAGACUUUAAAGUUGCACCUAUAUAAAUACUGUGGAAGUAUCAAAAUGCUCAGUUCUGAGAGAUAUUCAAACAGUUCGUUUUCAGAAACCGUGCCUUUGAACGAGCCGUCGGGAUUUCUGUAAAUUUUUGAUGUCACAAGUACACUAUAUAGUAGACUGUUCUUUAGGUAUAGAAAUAUUAAGUCCAGUUCAGACCAAAGAUUUGUGACGAGAUGAGUUGAAACAGACGGCUACCUGCAACGCGCCGUUCUGCAGUGCUCUAAG